UGAAAAUUGUUUUCAUGAUUUGUAGGUGAAGAAGUGAUCCGACCGUACACACCGGUACCGAAACUGACCUACCAGAAGCCGUGUGUUGGCAAACCUGUGUGGCGAAGCACAUCCGAAGAGGUGAGCCUACUGAUCAAGUGCUACGACCUGGGUAAAAUGAGCUCGUGGCUGUGCAGUCAGCGCAAAGGCAGCACUGUCAUGCUCAGCAACCCCAAAGGCUCCUUCAACACAGACAUUUUUACAAAAAACAUAACCGAGGUGUACUUGUUUGCUGCUGGAACGGGAAUUACGCCAAUGCUAUCGGUCGUUGACUGGUUACUAAAGUCUCCAAGUGUUCUGAAAAUUAGACUGUUAUACUUCAACAAAACAAGGAAAGAUAUAAUAUUAGAAGAUAAAUUGGAUCAACUAGCUAGUGAAGAAAGCAGGUUUUAUGUGGAACACAUUUUGUCGGAACCGAGCUCUGAGUGGAGUGGCAGAAGGGGACAUGUCUCGCUCGAUCUGCUGCUAAACAUUUUGCCAAAACAUGCCGAUGACAUUCCUAGAAGUGACUUCGUAUGCAUUUGUGGUCCACGGCCAUUCACUGCUUUGGUUGAAAAGAUGCUAAAGGAACAUUUGGAGUACACUUCAGAAAACUAUUACAGUUUUUCAGGGCAGUAGACUUCGAAUAAAUUCUAUUUUCCGAAAAAUCAACUACUUUUGUACAGAUGAUAAUAUAUUAUAAUAAAUGAGAAUUCUAUUUUUCAA